AUGCAGAUCACACUCUGCGGGCAUUCUGCUGGAUGCACAUUGAUUACUCAGAUACUAGAGAGAGAACAUACAUUGAGUCAAUUUGGUGUACGGGAAAUUGGACCCAUUCCAAGCAUUCAACGUGCCAUAUUCUUAGAUGGCAUAUACAAUGUGACAUCAUUGGUGGAGCAAUAUCCUGAUUAUUGUGGUUUCAUUCAUGAAGCAUUUGGUGACAAUAUGGAAAGGUGCAAUAUCAUUUCGUCAGGGAAACAGGAUAAGGACCUUGUUAAACAUAUCUAUGGACAAUUGGAUAAAAUCACCGUAAUACAUAGUAUCUGGGACGAGUUGAUCUCACUCAAACAGCCCGAAGAGUUCAUCAACUGGUUACUCGAAUGCGGUGUAGAUGAAAGACUCGUUACCGAAGGUUGCUACUUUGAUUCAUUUGGAAAGCAUAACGAUGUGUACCAGAGCAAGAAGGUAGCCCAUAUACUGGUGACGGAUAUGUUCACAAGAUAA